GCUACGCAGUUGAUGACGUCAGGACGUGAUCACGCAGCCCAGAGUCACGUGAACCGUUUCACAUAUGCAAAUGUUUUAAUAACCCGUUUUCGGUCGUUUUUGCGGUGAAAUUUCUUGCUGCUGAAUUUGAAAGUGCACUUUAAUCUUCAGCGAUCCAACAUGGACGAGGACGGGCUGCCCAUCGUGGGCUCUGGAGUCGACCUUACCAAGGUUCCUGCGAUCCAACAGAGAAAAAUUGUUGCCUAUCUCAAUCAGUUUGUUGCACACACAGUCCGCUUCCUUAACCGCUUUUCCACAGUGUGUGAAGAGAAACUUGCAAACAUAUCUCUUCGCAUACAGCAGAUAGAAACCAGCCUGUGCAUUUUGGAGGCCAAGUUGUCUUCCAUUCCUGGACUGGAGGACGUCACAAUCGAAGGACUCGGUCAGCAGCAGACUGCACAGGCCAAUGGACCCAUCAUCCCCAAUCAGAGCCAAAUCGAUGGUCCAGUAGCAGCGCCUCAAGGAGAGCCUGCUCAGACCACACCAGAAGCUUCAGCGACGCAAAAAGCAGAAGUGGCUGCAGAGAACGUCAUGACGGUGGCCAAAGACCCGCGCUAUGCCCGAUACCUGAAAAUGGUUCAAGUGGGGGUUCCGGUGAUGGCCAUACGGACUAAAAUGGUCAUGGAGGGUUUGGAUCCCAACCUGCUUGACACACCUGAUGCCCCCGUGCCCGACGGAGGAACGAAGACCUCGGAGGACCAAGACGCUGCUGGCAGCAGCUCUGAUAGCGAAUCAUCUUUUAGUGACUGAGAUUGCUCAUUUGUGCUCAACACUGCAAAGUUUCCUCAUCCAUCGCCGUCUGCGCUGCUUUAGGCCCGUAGCGAGGAAGUAUGAGGUACCUCUUAAGGGCUACGAAGGAGGUGGUGUGAAUGCAGGUGCCUGAAACAGGAAAUCCAAAUUGAGUGACUGUAGAUUCAGUUUAAAAGAGCUGAACUGGUUCUCCUGUUUGGUCAGUCAGUGACCUUUAUUUUUGAAAAAUAAUGAUUUUUUUUUUUCCUCAUAAAUUACUUUUCAAGUGGAGGAAAUCAUUUUUUCUCUUAAUCAAAUAAGCAGCAGUCAGAAGAUGACAGUAGCAAGUGUUUUAACAAAACCAAACCAUAUCACAUAGAGGUCUUCUGUGGUUGUUGCACCACUGACUAAUCACUAAUGUCUAAUCUCUGAAAUGUUGUGUUCACACCAACUGCAAAGAAUACAGCUCAAGUUACAGUCCAUUAAUUUAGAACUUAACAUAAUGUCCAAAAAAUGUACUCAUGUUUAUCUAAACCUUCUCCUUUUUCCUGUCUCUGUUUCAAAGCAAAGUUCAACUAUACGGCUCGAGAUUACCUCAAGUUUGUCUUUUAUUUCUUAUUGGCAUUGAGGAGAAUCUGAGGUCAUGUAGCAUGAAGUGAACUUUUUGGUAAAGUUGAAAUAUUUUAACUACUCCCCUCAGCUCACAUCAAUUCUAUGGAAGCUUGUUACUCCCACUGAUUUUUUUUUUUUCCAUUGAUAACUCGGACUUGUGAAAUUAAAAAAGGUUUUUUUUUUUUUUUUGAGUGGCAAAAACGAGCUUCCAUAGAAUUCGCCUCCGCAUGAACUUAUGUCAUUUGCAUUUGGUGUGGAUGCACAAUAAACCAGUACACCAUCAUAGUUUUGCAUUUUUCUUGCAGAUUUCAGGUAAAAUAGAAAAAAAACGUAUGUUGGUAUUUUGAAUGUUGGAUAUGUUCAUUUGCAUUCAGGGGUAAAUUAAAUCUUGGAUCUUGAAAUGCUUUUCUCUCUAUUUUUAAAAAAUUGUACUGUUGUUUAAUUAUUUUUAAAUUAGACAGAAGUAAAUACGUAACAGUUCUAAAACAAAGACUAUAUAACAUUUACAUCCUAUACUAUAUACAGCAUAGUCUUCACCAUGCCUGGUGAAAUGUAAUAAUAAAGGAGAGUCCAGUGUAGCAACUGAACUUGGAUAUACAUCACAGUAGUGACAUGGUGUAUUUUUUUUUUUCAUUAUCAAAGAGAUCAGACCUGUGGCAAAACAAAAAGAAAAAACUUCUCCUGGUUUUGUUAUUUAUCCACUCUAAAUAAAAGCAGAAGUAUGAACUGA